AUGACAGUAUCGUUUACAGUGAGCACCGGAGAUAGGAGAGGACUAGCGUCUUCAACGGUUAGAAAUCGCCUUCUGAGAAUAGUGUGUAAAGAGGUGCCUGGGCAUGGUUGUUAUGCCAGUAAAUUGCAAAAUGAAGGACUGGUUGGAAGAGGAAACGGUACUACAACAAUCGAAUUUCGAAGUCUGGGUGAAUCUGCUUCCUGUGGAGGCGGGAAAGAGGAAGAACAACGUCGUCAACGCUUAUCGGAGGCGGAGCCAGCUAGGCAGGGUCAGCCACAGCAGCAGCAGCAGAUAGCUGGCUACGAAAUAUCAAUCUCUGGCACCGAGCAUUCGGAAAAAGUGGAAGGGCUGUCCAAACGAGGGGGCGGUGAGGGAUCAUCUGAGGAGAGAAGAGUGCGUGCGCGACCAAGUGACCAACCCAGCAAGAGUGGUCCUCCAGGGGCCGAGUGUACCCGCCCGGCCCGAGCGGCACGAUCCUCUGGAGGGAAGGAUCGUCAUAGCAAAGUCAACACAGCGAAAGGGCCCAGAGACCGAAGAGUUCGGCUGUCAGUUCCCACCGCUGUUCAAUUUUACGAUGUGCAAGACCGGCUUGGCUUCGACCAGCCCAGCAAAGCAGUGGAAUGGUUGAUCAAGCAUGCCAAAGCCGCCAUUGAUGAGCUCGAGCAGCUUCCGUCCGUGCGGCAGGGGGAGCCUGCAGCCUCGUUUGAGCAACAACCUCAGACCACUAGCUCCACCGUCUCCACCUUCUCAGCUGGCCUUCCCGGGGUCCUCGCUGCCCCCUUACCCGAAUCCUCAAGCACAUCAUAUGGGACCUACGACAGUCAUGGGCAGCCAGCAAUGAUGUCUACUUUCGGCCACACUGGUCACGGAAUGGAAGCAGUCAUGGGUCCCCAACAUCAACACCAUCACCUCGCAAGCUAUGGUCUGAAUUUUCCACUGGAACAGCAAGCUGGAUUGUUCCGGGCAGGAAGCUCUGGCGACAGUCAAGCUGGGGGCUCCGGCACCGCCCGUGUGGAGUCUCGAGCCAAAGCCCGCGAGCGUGCUCGGGAACGAGCCAAGGAGAAACACAUCACGGAGAGGGAUCCAGGAACUGGAAGAAUAUCCUCAAGCAUGGUUACGCAUCAUGUGCCCGCAUCCGCAUCCGCAGGAAUGCAGCAGCAACAUCCCCACCUCGUCCAAUCCCCGUACGCGAACCUCCCCUCACAGGUGAGCAGCGCGCUUCUACAUCCAUUUCAAGCGUCCCCUGCCUUCAAUGCUUCCACUGGUAUCCACCCUCCCUCACGGCCUCCCCCUCCUGCUGCUACUCCUUACCAUGCAUCCAGCUACGGUUUCUCUGAGUCUUCCUUCGUAUACAGCGGGCAUUACAAUCCUCCCCCCACACCCUACAACCAAGCUGAGCCAUCCUUGCAUCAGCAGCAGCAGCAACUGCCCUCUGUCUCCCAUUAUUUUGUCGAGAAUCCUCCACCGCCCAGCCAUUACAGCAGCAGCAACCCCCAGGGAAUGAACACCCCUAAACCCAUGACGUUGCCUGGGUUCUCUCCCGGCCCUGCCUCCUCCUCCCUUCGAGCCAGCCUAUUCGGAAGCGUAAUUAGCGAGCAGCAUCAAUCUCUCCACUAUUCCAGUGGCAGCUACCUAUCGCCGUCUGGAUAUUAUUUCCCACCCUCGUAUGCGUCGAUCGCCCAACGCCCGCCGCCGUCCUCAUCCCCGUUGUUAGGCCCAUCUCUCCCGGGCAGCAGUCUUCGUCCCUCGCAAGGAACCAUGAGGUAUACCCUCCCGGGGAUGCGGUCCGACCAAGAGCAGGCUCGAGGCCACGAGCAGCAGCAGCAGCAGGAGGAGGAGCUUGGGACCCACGAUCAGACACCCCAUAGCCUGGAUCCCAACUUCUACACCUCACAGAUACCUGCAAGAUUGCAGGGCUUGGAAGAGCUUGAGGAGGAGUUCAAGCGUUGAGCUUGAGCUUGUGGGGCACCUGAGGAGGAGAGUCUUACACCAGCCUGGCCUUGAAAGCAAGUGCGGGCGGCUCAUGGCUCUUUUCUCUGACCAGUUUGAUAGAUGAUUCGUCAUGAAACUAGUUGGCUGCCUUGAGUGGUCAGAGAAUUGGAAUCUCUAGAAGGUUAUGGCAGCAAACAUACAGAGUUCCCUCCAUUGAUCCAGGAUGUGGAUCUGGUGACUUCCACGAUGACGACGAGACCACGAACACAAGGAUGACACUGAUGGCUGCACACCAUCUGCAGUAAGUUCUCUUGGCUUGUGAGAUGGAUAGCUAGCCCCAGUAGAAGGAAUAAACGUCGGCUGUCAGUUGGUUGAGAGCAGGCAUAGCAAUAUUAUUUUAUGGGAUCUACUAAAGAGUAAUAACCUAGUAUCGUGCAAAAAGAAAUCAACCCAUGUGCAUAUUUGUAGAGACUCUGAGUCAUUGUAACAUAGCAAUUGGUGGAGGUGGAUCUCUCCACAUUUGGUGUAUGUUUCAACAUUCUUUCCUAGUGGUCAACUGGCUUUGUACCACUGGAGGCUCCGGCAUAAAUUCUAAAACUGGAUCCUACAUCUAUUUUCUAUUUUUCCCAGA